CGCUCGCUCCCGUAGUCAAGUGUAAGCGCACCCGACAAGUGUGGACACACACACACACACACACACACUGAGUGAAGAUGGCGAUGAGAGCAGCGCUGCGGUGCCUCUCUGCAAACUUUUCUCCCAGACUGCCUCACCUCUCGUCGGCAGCGCAGCUUUCAGCGACUCGGCUGCUGUGGAGGAGCGACUCUCCGCGGACACUGAGCACGACCUCGGCCCUGUCCACAGCCCUAAAGUUCACAGAUAAGCACGAGUGGGUGCGAGUGGAAGGUGGAAUUGGCACAGUGGGUAUCAGCAACUAUGCUCAGGAAGCAUUAGGCGAUGUGGUUUACUGUGGACUUCCUGAAAUUGGCCAAAGUCUUGAGCAGCUGGAGGAGUUUGGUGCCUUGGAAAGCGUAAAGGCUGCCAGUGAGCUCUACUCACCACUGACGGGAGAAGUCACUGAAAUCAACACAGAGCUGGCAGAAAACCCCGGACUGGUGAAUAAAGCCUGCUAUGCAGAGGGGUGGCUAAUCAAGAUGACGAUUGCAAAACCUGAAGAACUGGACAGCCUCAUGGAUCAAGCUGCGUAUGAUAAAUUUAUUAAGUCACUUGAAGAAUAAAUGAAUGAACUGACUGCGCUGUUUUUAUAAUGUCAUUGCAAUCAAAGAUUAGUAGGCAGGGUUACUAACAUCUUGUGUGACACUCUUUCUUAUCUGUGGUAUUUAUUUUGAUACUGGAAAUGUGCUAUCAAAAUAAUUAGAAAUCCCCAGUAACAUCUUCCACUUAGGUUAGGAUUUGUUUAGCUACUAGCCAACCCAAAGGGCUCAUAAUGUCGAGAUCUGUCUGUAAACGCGUUUCUUGUGCUUUGCUCCUCGUGCACAAACCUGGUAAAAGACUACAAAGUUAUUGUAAAAGCUGUGUCACAUUCAUUUAAUAAAAUUUAGUCCUUACAA